ACAAACAUUUGAACGACUUCGCCAAUGAUGAUAAAAAUUAUGCUUCCUAAGCUGGACACCUGACAUCUUUUCUUAAAAUGCGAGAGGAUGGAUAGCGCAACCAGCCCUGCGUCAGAGUCUAGUCUCUCCAAUGGAUUUGUCAAUAGCGUGUUCAACGUUUCAGUUGACGAAGAGAGCAAAGCUGAGAUCUCAUGGAUUCCAGAGUGCAAUUCCUCAGACUCCAUUAUUCCCGGUCAGACGCUCAGAAGAGAAAAACAGGAACCGGUCCGGCGUUCCAGGACGGCGGCCAUCUGGAGGAUCCUGCAGCGCCGCAAAACCCCCUGGGAUCUGGACAGACGACCUCACUCUGUCAUCCUCCCCAAUGAAGCGUCCUUCCUCAAACUGUCCAUCACUAACAAAGUCAGGCCCUUCAAGAAACUGAAGUCCUCGUCUGUUUUUAGAGGGAAAGCCGGUAAGAUAUCUGAUGCCAAAUUCAACACUGACCUGAAAGACGAGGCUGAUGAUGUGUACAUGUGCAAGGACUCUCCUUCUUCAGACUUCAAGCAUGUGUUUAGGAAUAAAGCCAAGAGACAUUCAUUUGCAGGACACACUGCAGACUUCUACUGUUCGUUUGAGGACAUCGCCCCUGCUGAAACCCCAGACAAUGUCCAGCAGGAGACCAAAGACACCGUUAGCAACCAAAACGGCUGUAAGCUGUCAGAAAGAGUCGUUUAUACAAAGAAAUCUCACCCCAGCUUCUUUAACUACAACAAUUCGACAGAACAGGAAGACUGCUUUGCGAAGCAAAGCCUCAAGAUACCUCAAAGAAGACGAUGGGCCAGAGGGGGGGACGUUUUGAAUUACUUGAGAAGAAUUUCCCUCAAAGAAAAGGGAAGUCAGACGCUAGCAGAGAGUAGUUUUGAGUCAAUGAAUGCCCUGGACAAAACCAUCGAUUCUGACUACGGCUCGGUCAACUUUGAACUGGUCAAGGAUUUGAACUCUGCACCUGAACAAACAGGGAUUCAUGGCAAAAGCAGCCAUUUUCGAGGCCUUCUCCGAUUUUUCAACACCGUGGCUGAGACUGCAAUGAAAUGGAGAAACUCGUCCCGCUCGUUCUCCCCCCCUGAAGACCAGCAGUCGCCUCUCGGAUUUAGAAAGACGCAGGAGUCAGGAGAACUCGUGCCUUUGACAGUGAGGAGCGGCGAGCAGAAAGCCGAUACCUCAGUUCAAGUUAAACCCACGUUAUCAGCUGACAUGAUCAAGGCGGUCUCGCCUGUUAAUGCCAUGGUGGAUUGCUCUCCUCCUGUGGUGCUGAAGGCCUGGAGAACAUGCCCAGACUCUCCGAGAGAUAACAGCUCCCUGUGUAAUAACUCGGACGAAUCGCAGUCCCAGCUCAGCUCAACUCACAUCUCUCUAGCCACCAUCGAGAGCCACCCGAGAUCUGAAGAACCAGAGCCACCAAAAGAGACACAGACUGGCUUUGAAAUCACGGAGAUCCCACAUCACUCAUCUAGCAAAGCUGUUGAUGAAAACCAAGAUGUUUGCACGGAUGGGAAAAAGAUGAACUGCCCGGAGGACGUGUUUAAGACCCUGUCGCGGCCCCGGGGCCAGUCGCCUGCAGAUCCUCCUCUCAAAGCUCUGCUCCAGCGGUGUCGCUCUCUGCCGCUGCCCACCGCACUGUCGGCCCUGGAGCCCAUGGCCCUCACACACAUGCUCACUCCUCCAGCUAAAACCAUGGCUAAAUCAGUCGUUCUCCGCAUGAGGAACAGCAGCACAGGAUCCAACAGACGGAAACGGUUUAGACCAGGAUCUGGACCACUGCACAUCAACAUGCUGUGGGUUAACCAGGAAAAUACAGCCACAGAAUCGGCUGAGGGUGCCGGCGAGGUACAGAACGGACACAGCGACCCCAGCAACGGCUGUCUGUGCAUCGGCCAAGCGCUGCAGAACCGAGACCAGAUGAGGGCCAACGUCAUCAACGAGAUCAUGAGCACUGAGCGCCACUACAUCAAGCACCUGAAGGACAUCUGUGAGGUACCAUGGAGCGAUCACAGGGACAGUUCAGCCCAAAAUCAAAAUUCAUGUCAUCAUGUCGUUCCAAACCCAUAG